AUGAUCUUGGUAGAAGGAGAAAAGUACGCGUGUAUACAGUGUAUUCGAGGACAUCGAUCAUCAACAUGCCAACAUACUGGUCGUCCCUUGGUCCAGGUUCGCUCUCGGGGUAGACCAUCAAGUAUCUCUGGUCACCGAGUCGCAGUGUUUGCCGAGGACUCUAACACUAAAUAUGAAACCAAACAAAGACGACUGCCGACCCCCGGUAAUAAAAACAACAACAACAACAACAACAACAACAACAACAACAACAACAUCAAUAAUAGUAAUAACUGUGGCAAAAUAUCAAAGACCCGUAGUGCAUGCGCUUGCUGCCCUACGAAAUCGAUGGCCACCGAUGGGAGAGUCAUCGUGGUACGGGCCUCAAAGAGAAGUCUUGUGGAUGUGACGGACGGAUCAGUGAAGGUCUUGGGACCAAUGAAGGAAAGUUCGAACCGGCCAACAAUCGCUACAUACACAUUAAACCCCCAGCUGAAUUUCCAAAGCAGUUCAAGGGGUGGAAAUCUGGUAAAGGUGAAAAGUUGUUGCCUGAAAAAGAACAAUAUAUCAAAACAAGAGGAGACAGUGAAAGAAAUACCAAAUAACACGGAUAGUUGCAGAGCCACCAUUCCCACAAAAAGUUGUUGUGGAAGUGAGCUGCCUAACAAGAAGGGGGGAUGUUGUGGAAGUGGUAAACAAGGUCCAGUUAAUAAUAAGAGCUGUUGCGGGAGUGGUAAAACAGAUCCAAUCAAGCCGGAAAUUGAUCCAGAAGCUGAUUUCAAGAGUGGUUGCAGAAUCAUUAAAUUUGAGAAUUAUAAUGGGACAAAGGAUCAAAAUUAUAAAGCCGCCGCCACGAAAACUGCAACAUCAAUAUUAUCUACAAAUAUCGUUGACCAGCAGCCUGAUAUGUUCACCUCCCAAGAGAUUCGAGAGUAUUUUGCGAAUUUCACAGCCCAACCAUCGAUUCCGUUGGAUUUUGGUACUGGUGGUCACACCACUUGCUCUUGUGAUGAUUCGUGUACUUGUGAUCUGUGUAUUAUUCAUGGUAAUAUCCCUGGUAAUAUCCCUGGUAAUAUCCCUGGUAACAUCGGGAAUUUGGAUAGCCGAACUACACAAGGGUAUGGGCAAAACUUUUUCACUAAUGCCACAGGACAUAUGAAUGGUACAGGGAAUUUUAAUGGAACAAUGAAUCUCCCUGACGGUACUAUCACCAACUUGAAUUACUUUCAAUACCCUCUGGUGAGACCUGUGGCAAACCCUGGCCAGCUACUCACCCAACAAGUGCCAUCGCUACCUCAAAACAACAUCAUUAAUGACGUUGCUACACCAUAUAUUGCAACAGCACCAGCACCAGCAGCACCAGCACCGAUGGGGAUGGCUGCUACUGAUCUGGGAGAUAAUAAUGUGUUGUACGAUCUUAUCUUUGCCAACUCUUGCACGAUUCCCGGCUCGUGUGGAUGUGAUGAUACCUGUAGCUGUGAAGGGUGUUUGGUACAUUCCAAGCCCCAGUAUGGUUAG